AUGGCCACGGACGACGCGGGACGCUCGGAGUUGCCCACGGACGUCCUGGUGGAGAUCAUGCUGCUGCUGCCGCCGAUCUGCCGGCGCCGAGUCCGCCUCGUCAGCAGGCUCUGGCGCGACGUCAUCGACGAGCACACCAUGGAGAUGCAGAGCCGCGCCACGGCCCUCCUCUGGGAUACCCGGGAAGCGGUCGCCUACGUCGUCGGCGACCUGUCCAAGUCGUCGACGACGAGCUACAAAGAGCUGUGGCGUCGGGACAGAGCGGUACCAUACAUGCGCCCCAGUAGUAGCCUGCAGCUGAUCGGCACGUGCAAUGGUCUUCUCUGCUUGUGCGACAACAAGACGGCUCCCGGCGGCGCCGUCACCCUGGUCAACCCGGCCACCGACGAGGUGCUGCCCGUCCCGCCGCUGCCUUGCGCACUCUCGUUUUUCCCGCCUGCUGGGAGAUACGCCUCCUGGGAGAACUGGCACGAGGCGUACAGCUUCGGGUACCACCCUACGUCCGGGCAGUACAAGGUGGUGCACGUCCCAUGCAGCAUUAGCAAGGCAUACAAGUUCGACGACAUGCAGGUGCUCACUCUAGGGGAGGCGUCGUGGCGGAAGGUUCCGGCUGGCCCUGUGGAGGGAGCAAGGUGCAACCUCGGCGCUGGCAUGGUCAGCGUUGACGGCGCGACGUACUGGGUCAUAGAGAGUGCCAAAUCGAGCUGGGUCGUGUCAUUUGACCUCGAGAGCGAGGAGGUCACUCGUGUCAAGGGGCUGCCUGCCCAACCGGCCAGGCCUGAUCACUGCCACCUGACGGAGGUGAACGGGAGGCUGGGCAUUGUUGUCCGUAGCCUUUCGGGAACAAUAAAGGUGUGGGUUCUGGACAAGGGGCGGCGAAAGUGGAGCUAUCGGUACAACCUUACGCGGUAUCGUGUCCCGCGGCCACACUUCGUGUAUGGCGAGUGCAUUUUGACACUGCAGGAGUGCUCGAUAUGUGGGCACUACAGACGGAAAGGCAUGUGGUCAUCAUCCAACUACGCGGUGACGGUGCGGGUCAGACACCAUGCUCAUGGGACGCUGCUCGCGGCGAUAAUAGCCGGCUGGUGCCGGACAUUCUCCUACGUCAAGACGAUGGAGCCACUUAGCGUUUAUAAGUUGCCAAUAGUUAAUGCCUAA